AUGCACAACAAAAUUACUCAAUCAACCUUUGACAAAAUAUCCAUCUCCAAAAUUAAUAUAGAUAAUUUCCAACGUUUACAACGACAUCUUGAUGAAUACAUGACAUGGCUAAAUGAAUACAUUCCUUUGAAAAGAUCAGAUUGUUUGCAUGAUGUUGAAGGUAUCCAAAGACUAUUUCAUUUGUAUAAUGAUCCCAGAUUACCUUAUAAUAUUCAUGAUGAUAAAAGUUUAAAGGUUUGGAAAGCACCAAGUCGGGAUGUUUUUGUUAAAGUGAUAAGUAUACUCUUAAAAGAGAAAGGUCCCGAAACAAUUGCAGGGGACACAACGAUCAUCAUUCCAGCUGCUAAACGUGUUAAGUUGGGUACUUUAUUACCUAAAUGA